AUGCCGCCAAAGAACAACGAAGCACCAAGUGCAGUCGCCCCGAUCGCCCCUGCGACAGAUGUCAGCGACCAAAUCGACAAAAUGUGUCGACUACUGGAAGCUAGUCAACAAAGAUCAGAUGAGGCCAUCAGGGCAUUGACCGCAGCUCAGGCCAAAUUAGAAGCUACAAUCGCUGAGUUGCGAAAAGCAAAUGAAGCCACGCGUAAAACCCAAGACAAAGAAAGUCCCAACCUUGAUGGAUUAGGAACUCAGAAGGAAGAAAUGUUGCGAGAGGUGAUGCAGAAGUUCUCUGACGAAAGAUCUGCAUACGACUCUGACUACGUAGAAUUGUUUUCAAGAAUCACCGAGAGAUCACCUUUCGCAGAGUGGAUACAGAACGAGCCGAAGCCGAGAGAUUUUUUGAUUCCCCCUCUACCUGAAUUCAAUGGGAAGGGAGACCCACUCAAUCACCUAUUCCAGUUCAAACAGAAGAUGGCCUUGGAAGUAAAUAAUGAAGCCAUUCAGUGCAAAGUGUUCUCCACAACUUUUUUUGGACCAUCUCUGCUAUGGUUCAGACAACUAAACCACGACUCUGACAGCAGCUUCGAAGACCUUCGCAGAGCUUUUCUUCAGCAGUACAAUGCCAACUGCGAAGCUCCAAGAACGAUGGCAAACCUCUACCAAAUUGAGCAAGGAGAAAAUGAGCAGCCAAAGUUGUACCUACAACGCUUCAUCAACCUUGUACACCAAAUCCAUGAUGUGGAGCCAGCAACCACAGCCAAUCUCUUCGUCAAAAGUCUGCAAGUGGGGUCCCUCUUACACGAGAAUCUCACUAUGACUCCUCCAUAUGACAUGGCCAAGAUUCAGGCUCGCGCCGAGGGCAUGUUCAGGGUCUUGGAAUAUCGAGAGCGCGCACAAAAGAAGUCUGCUCUCAUUUCAAUGCCACCACCAAACAACCCGUCCCCUCCAUCUACAAGGGACGAGAAAAGAAAGAGACAGGAGUUAGACCACACGAAGGGGGGAAAGAGGCCAGGAACAAGCCGAGACCCACCACGGUACUCCUCUUUCAAGUACACAGUCCCCUAG